AUAACACUCAAAUUGCAUUGAUGUCUACAAUGCAUUGAUGUUUACAUUUAAAUACCAAAGUAACUUAACUAAGUAUUGAAAAUAGUUUUUGAACGUUUAUAAUUAUGCCGUUUUAAAUAUUUAAUCGGCUGUAAUCUUUCAGUCGAUUAUUGUAUUAACAAUAUGAACGGAUAUAAACACUCACGAACGGAUGACAGUAUACAUGGGUCAGGGCACCACCCUUCAUGCAUCUCAGCAGACUGACGACCUUAGUCAUGUGAUGUUCAUCUUUCAGCUCUUUCAGAGCGGCUUGAUAUUCACGGCCCUCAUGGCCGGCGCCAUCUGUGUCGGUCAUCUAGUCUUAAUGCGGAAGUACUGCCGAAAUACCACGACGCUGGUCGCAGUGGUGCUCUCUGGAUUUUUCCAUCUGAUCGCAAGCGUGCGCAUGUUGACAAUUGCUGAAAAUUACAUGAAAAGACGCGUACAACAGGGACCUCCGAGCGUCGACUCGUGCUUGGAUUACUCGAUGACGGAGGCGUUUGCCAACGGGGUUGUGCUCGUGUUAAUCGUGCAUUAUGUUUUUGCUCAGAACUUUAAACGGUCGAUGUCUUCGUGUCUAGCAUACGCAGGCACACUUGGUUGCAUCAUCACAGGAAGUUUUUCCGUAAUCAAGAUUGUGCCGCAAAAUAGCCCACUUCCAGUUACACAACAUUCGCUUGAGACGCUUGGGACAUAUGGAAGUCAGCACUUUACCGUAUUCUUGUUCGUGUGUCAGAAAAACGUUUACGAGGAAAGAUGGGCUAUUCUGGUGGAAUAUUUAGUGAUAUACCUACCCGUCAUGUUCACCGUGCUGGUUGCUCUUUGCAGGAACAGGACAAAACAAACGGCCGGAUACUCUCUGCUCGACAUCACACUGCUUGAAAGAGACACAAUGCAAUCUACGCCAUUUUUACAAUCAGAAAUACAGAGACAUGCAACUAGUCGAAAAUUCAAAAGUAAAAGCCUUACUGAGGUGUUUAUUUGUCCAACAUAGUGACUGAAUGUGUUUUAAUCGACAUGGUUGCCGUUCUUUUAUACAUUACUAUUGUCUUACUCAUAGUACGGCCAGGAUACAUUCUGUAUGCGCAAGCAACUUCGGGUUACUUCUUGGACAUAUUGCCAAGUUUGUUGUUACAGACAGUAAUUUUCACUUUUAUUUGCUCUGAAUAUAUUGGAAAGGUUCUUAUUCGAUCAUAAUAUUGCAAUAAUGAGGUGAAAUCAAACGGCUAUUGUAACUGUAACAUAAGGGCAAGCCUCUUAUGCAGGUAUGAUAAGCUGUAAAUUUCUGUAGACAGGUUCUUUAGAGAUGUGUUGUUUAAAUGUAAAGACGCACUUGCUUUGAAUGGGAAAUCCAUUAUUAUGUUUCCACAAAACUGUGAUACUACGCUCAAAUAUGUUUGUAGCGCUUUUGUAACUGGGUAAAAAAAGCACGAAAGGAAUCAUAUUGACGGAAUUAAAGUCGAAAUAUUCUCAAAUACUUACACUUGGUGUCAUCUUCGUUCAUUUUAUAAAAUGUUACUUAUGGCAUGAAACAACAUAUUUAUAUAUAUUUAUAUAUAUUUAAAUUGAUAAAAUGAUAUAUACGUUUCGUGAUUAGUAGGUAAAGAAGGCUGUGAUAAUUGAAUAAUAUUCAAUUGAAAUAGUGUUUAAAUUUCGAUUUUGUUUUAUGUGUACAUUUGAAUUUGUAGUAAAAGAAUAAGGUCACUGUAUUUAGAUAAACUGUUAUAACAACGAUCGUGCAUGCAUAUUUUGAAUCAUGUUUAUGCGUUAUUCAUAUUU